GUUGAACAUUUUUCUCCUUUUGCAGUGCUACUAUAUCAUGUACUAAUACUGAACUACAAGGACAACAAGCAAUGUCUAGUACUGAUAAAACAAAAUACUCAUUGACUCCAUUAAACAUUACAUACUCACCCAGUGUGGAGCAACUGGAUCAUGAAGAGAAACAAAUAUGUUCAGUCCAUCGUAUAUUACCUGAUGUAUAUUUACACUGUAAAGGAGUAAUGAUUGCUGAGAGUAGGAAAUGUGGAGGGAAGCUACGUCUGAUGGAUGCUAGGAAGUUGUGUCGUAUUGAUGUAAAUAAAACUAGAAAGAUAUAUAAUCAUCUUGUGUCUAAAGAACUUAUAAAAGCACCAUCUUGAUUUCAUCCACAUAAUUUUAUUUUAUUGAUCUGCAUACCUUUUUCCUAUUUAGAAUCCUUAGAGGUGCUCACUAGUCACUUCCGUUCAGUUGAUGAGUAUAAAUAACGAGGGAGGGCCGAAAUGUAGUCACUUUAGAAAUGCGGUUACUUUUAGUUUUGCUGGAAAGAGCAAAAGCUUUAAUGGAGCGAGUGGCAGCUCCCCCUCGAGCUCCAGUGCAGGAGACCACUAGAGGAGCAGCAACCUCACCCGCCGUUAUUGUUGCUGGAGACUAUCUCUGGUACAAGAGGGACCCGCCACCAGAUGCUCACCUUCAGUUCUUGGUGCAAUCUGAGCAAGAGACCAGCUACUGUUACAGAAAAUGUGAGAUGGUUAGUGCAAAGUGAACAGUUGUAAACUAAAUGAAUGCAUGGCCCGGGCUGCAUGUGACAAACAGCAACUAGCCUAUUAAACUUUGCUUUAUGAUAGCCUUAUUUUCAUUUUAGGUUGCAUAAAGGCUCAACACAGCAAAAUAUCCAAAAACUGUGUUGUCUAACUGCUUGAUCACUGGAAAGGCCACCAACUCUCACAUUACUUCACUGCACAAUAAUACUGUGACAUACACAUGCAAAAGCAAUGUGACAAUUAAUCACUCGAUAUGCACACACAAGUAAAUUUCUAGUUCUUUAAUUUGUAUCAAAUGUAUUAUGUAUUGUGUCUAUUUUUGUUUCCAAUAAUGUUGAUCAUUUCUCCAAAGAGAC